AUGCAGUAUCUCCAGCCCUUACCUGGUAGCUGUAUUUCCAUAGAACCCUCUUCCUUUAUUGAUGUCUAUGGGUACAUAGCUACUCCUCGAAUUUGGAAACAGAUGUCCUCCUUGACCUGGCGCCUUGGCCCUACAUACUUGUUUGAAGAAGCCAUCUCUGUGGGAACCGUGGAGGUGAUUAAUAAGCUUGGCCCACAGUAUUGCAGCAAUUUCCAAGCAGUACAGCUUCAAGGUGAGGACAAGUACAGUGAUCAUAAUCCUACAUCUCUGGUGGCAGAAGAGAAGAUUUCUUUUGGAAUCAAUGCCAUGUGCUCAUCUCUCACUACGGUCCAAGAUAUAAAGAGCUCCUACAAUGAAGUAGAUGGACGGCUGAUUGCCAAAGAGAUUGGGAUUAACUCUCGGGACAGUUCAACUCCAAUAUUCCUAGCUAAGAAUAUUGCUGCACACCUCUCAGGUUUCUUGCGGACUAUUGGGUCAGUUGCUGUGGGCCAAUAUGGGGUAAGAGUGUUCCAGUCCUCUCCAGCAGCUACUAGCCUGAACUUCAUCGGAGGCCCUGCCAUUCUCCUGGGUCUCAUUGCUAUGGCCCGUGAUGACCAUACCAUGUAUGCAGCUGUCAAAGUCCUGAACUCCAUCCUGAACAGUAGCCCAAUGAGUGAAAAAUUGAUGAGGCACAUGAAUGGAUACCAGUUGCUGGCAUAUCUAUUGAAGAGGAAGACACAGCUGUUAAACAACAGGAUUUUACAGUUAAUGUUCUCCCUAGUGGGCACAGCUGAGCUUGGCUUUGAGUCUUCCGUCAUCAAGAAUUAUAGUGCAUUCCAGUAUGUUCUCUGCAACUUCGAGCUUUGGAUGAAAGCACCAGAAAAUCUUGACCUUGCUGUUUUUUCACAUCUUGUGGAGAUCUUGCAGUCCUCCAGAGAUGGAUGUCAGAAUGCUGCAGUUGCAUAUGAGGUGCAAAUGGUGCCCAAGCUCAUUUUCCUCUUCAAUGAUCCUGAAAUCAGUAACUGCAGGAUCACUGUGGCCUGCACUAUUCUCUCCCAUCUGUUGCAAGGAUACUUUAACACAAGGGAUAUUGUCAGGAUUGGAUUGUUCCUUGUUUACACUUUGAAACCUUCUUCUGUGGAUGAAAAUCAGAUUUGCCUGGACAGUGUGGCUGAGAUGCCUAAUGAAGCCUUAAGCCAAACAUCUGGAAAGACAAUCUGGCUUCGAAACCAGUUACUGAAGAUGCUGUUAGAUGUAAUGCACUCAGACAAACUUCAUCUGUCCUCUGAGGAACUAGAGACGACAUUUUUGGCGCUGGGGCCAGACUGGUUUCUGCUGUUCACACAGAGCUACCUGCACUCUAGCACAGUUGUACUAGGAAUCAAGCUACUUCUGUGCUUCCUCCACAAUCGUUUGCUGCUGAACAAAUUCAAGGAGGGGAUAGUGGCUGGGCGCUGGCUGGAAAACAGCUCUGCAGAGUUGAGUAUUCUAAUGGAUAAUUUAAAAACUCAUCCUCCAGUGGCUGACAAUGGCUCCUUCUUGAUUUUUGGAUUUUCUGUGUUGCAAAGAUGUCUGACUGAUCAUGUCCACAUCCCUGAGAUCUACUUGCUUGUGGCAGGGCUCUUUCUGGCAACUCCACUGUCUGAACCACCUGAAGCAGCCAAGAAAGAUCUUGAGUCUAUGCUUCAGUGGAUCUUGCAGAACCACCUUACAGAGAAUGUCCUCAAAACUGGGUUGUGUGCAGAGGCAGCUUCUUUACUGCUGGAAAUGAUUAGAGUCACUGUGGACAAGCCUAUUGCAGAUGCAGAAUCCUCCUGGGAGAUUGCCUAUCCAGGGAAUGUUAUCCAGUUUCUGUGCUUGAUCUAUCACAGUUAUACUCAGGACCCUGUGUGGCACUGUCCUGACUUCUUGAAAACUUUGGCUAUGGUGGCUUUCCAUUCUGGACCACCCAAGGGAGGCUCUGGAGGCCUUUUGACUCCUGAUGGUCCAGCCAUUGCUGAAGGGAAAGGUUGUGUUGAUCCCUCCUCUCUCCCACUACUACCACACCCUGCCAAGAAACAAUUGUGGGAUCUUGUGCGAGUCCUCCUGACGGACAGCCUUCUCAACGUUCCGGCAAACAAACAAGGGCAUCCACUUGAGCUGCUUCUUGAGGUUUCUCCAGAGGAUGCCACCAGUGAGCAGAAGAGACGUUUUCAGACAAAAGUUUUGCUGUCUGCUAUGGACGUCUUCCAUGUUACCAGCCAAGGUGAGGGGAAAACAAGACCAAGAGGGACCAGUGACCCUCAUGGCACUUCAGAAUCAACUGCACCUGUAUCCAUGAUAAAUAUUGUUUAUUUUGCUCAGAAGCUGGUUGAGAAGCUGAACAGUAGAAUGUUUGCUGCUGACCCCAAGCAAAUCCUGAUCUUCACUGCCAAACAGAUUAUGAGGGUCUUAGAAAGCUCCGUUUCUCAAAAGGAAGUUUUCCUCAGUGCCCUGUACAGCUGUCUAAACAGAGCCAUCUUAUACUGCCUAUCCAGACCACAACAAUCGCUGCCUGAACAGUUUAAUAUCCUGAACACUCUCAAUGUCGUGCAGGAGCAAUGGGACGUUAUUUUUGCAACUUACAACUCAAAUAAUAAUUUUGUCAUCUGCCUAAUGCACUGCCUUUGCCAACUGAAUUCGGGGAGCUUUCCAGAAGGUUUUGGGGUGGAUGCAAAACCAAAGCUAGCGUCAUAUCAUCAAAUUUUCCUUGCACCCACUGAAGAGGAAAAGGGCAGCCUACCUACUCCAGAUGAUGUCCAUCAGGAGAUUCUGAGAACAGUAGAAAUCAUCUGGAAGCAGCUCAUUUCUCAGAGGCGCCAGGCUCUGGAGGACACUUACAAGAUGGAUCUUUCUGUAAAAGGAAAUGACAAAGAAAGGGACAUGAAGAUAAUGGAGAUCACCCCUUUAUGGGAAGAAAUUAUGACAAAAGCUUGGCAACACUUGAUAGCAUCUGAAAAGAAGCUUCUCCAGAAUAAAGCAGGGUCAGGCCUGUCACAGAGCAAGCACAGUUCCUGGAGUGAAAGCCUCUCUUCAGCUAUUAGGUUGAUGCCUGGCCGAAACACAAAGGAGAUGGCAUGCAAAUCUGAGGGAUUUGUGUCAUGUAUGGAACGGUACCGAAGAAUUGGACAGGAGCUGUAUGCCUCUCUAUACAAGAACCACAUACAGGUGCUGCAGUGUGGUUACAGCAAAGCAGCCAAGGACUGGAUCAUACUUGAGAAGCAACUUUUCUACAGAAGGAACCCAUGGGGAGAUGCAGCACAAUCCUUGGAGCUACGAUGGAUUCUUGAUUGUUAUGAAGGACCUUCACGAAUGAGGAGGAGGAUUCAGCAUGCGAACACCCGAGCGACAAUGAUGCGAAUGAAGAGUGAGGUUCUCCUAGGAAACAGAAAUGAAACAACUUCCCCUGCUGAAGUGAAUCCAGGAGAGCUGAUGUUAAAUGGAGCAGAAAGGGAGAUGGAAAAGAAGGGAUCAGACUGUAACCAGCUAACGUUCUUCCCUGCUCUACAUGAAAGUUUCCAUUCAGAAGACUUCUUGGAACUGUGUGUGGAGAGGCAAAUUAUAUUGCAGGAGUUUGCAGAGAGUGAAAAGGUCACGUUCAAGUGCUCUGUGGCAGUUGUGCAGGGGCAUACAGCAUUGGAAGGAGUGCUGCUCUUCGGCAAAGAGCACUUUUACAUCUGUGAGUGCUUUGUGUUAUCCCCUCUAGAAGAAGUUUACUGUACACGUCACUGCUUGUCCAGCAUCAGUGAUCCAUUUAUUUUCAACUUAUGUCAUAAAGAUCAUGCUGUGGGAGACCAGAUGUGUUCCCGCUAUUCGUAUCAUGAUAUAAAAGAGAUUCAUCUGAUGCGCUUUCUUCUGCAGGAGAUCGCCUUGGAAAUAUUCUUCAAAAAUGGUUACUCCAGAUUUCUUGUCUUCCAUGACAGUGACCGAAAUAAGAUAUUUAAGAGAUUUUGCUCUUUCCAACCUGCUUUGAAGUCAAAGGGGAUAACAGAAGAGUCCUUAAAUAUAAGGAAACACUCAGGAGGAGAAAAGACAAUGCUUCAGAAGUGGCAGAAAAGGGAGAUCAGCAACUUUGAUUACCUCAUGUACCUGAACACAUUGGCUGGCCGCAGCUAUAAUGAUUACAUGCAAUAUCCUGUGUUUCCAUGGGUCCUCGCUGACUAUCACUCCAAGACUCUAAACCUUACUAAUCCUCAUACAUUUCGGGACCUGUCAAAGCCCAUGGGAGCACAGACUGUGGAGAGGAAACACAAGUUCAUCCAGCGCUACAAUGAGGUGGAGAAGAGUGAGGGAGACCUGUCAGCCCAGUGCCACUACUGUACUCACUAUUCAUCAGCAAUUAUAGUGGCAUCUUACCUGGUCCGAAUGGAGCCAUUUACCCAGACCUUCUGUUCUCUGCAG